AUGGGUUCUAUAGCUGCAUUAUCACAGCACGGCAAGCGUUUGCUACACGUGACUAUUGACGAAAUUGCUUGGGAUGAUCCCGACAGGCCAUAUGCUUCGCUGCCAUACGACGAUGACAACCUUUCAAAGGGCUACGAGGACAUCACGUUCGCUGUCCUGGCAAAUGCUAUCAACAAGCUAGCAUGGCAUAUUCAGUCGUGUCUUGGUACAGACUCAGACCUCCACACCUAUACCUACAUAGGCACGCCCGAUCUACGAUACCAAAUAAUGUCGAUGGCAACAGCAAAGCUUUCAAAGCGAGUGCUCUUCUCCAGUCACAUGCAUUCAACGGAAGCACAUCUCAACCUGAUGUUUAAAACCGACACCCGAGCAAUGUUCACUGCCACGGGCGUUGACGUGUCAGACAUUCUUGCAGCUCGACCCGUCCCGCACUUCCACAUCCCCUCGCUGGAAGAGCUCCUGUCCCCAACCGCCACGAAACACUACCCAUACUCAAAGACUUUCUCAGAAGCCGCACUCGACGACUACCUAGUCCUCCACUCCUCCGGCUCCACCGGCCUCCCCAAACCCAUCACGGUGAACCACGCCGCCAUGGCCUGCCUAGACAACAUCGCCUCCCUCCCAUCAAUCGACCCGCACACAGGCCAACAACGCCGCUUCGCCAACAAUCCCGGUCCCGGCACGCGCUUUCUCCUCCCGUUUUUGCCCUUUCAUGGGAUUUGCUGCAUCGUCUUCCCCCCAGCAUUCGUCUUCCACGGCGCCGUCUACGUCCCCGGGCUGCGCCACCGCCUCACCAAACCCACCGACAUCUUCUCCAUCCUCGACCACGCCAACAUCACCGACGCCUUUUUAUCUCCAGCAAUAAUCGAAGACAUCGUCUCCCACCCCUCCGCCGGCACCUACCUCUCCAAGAUCCGCACCCUCUUCUUCGGCGGCGCCGCCAUGAACGCCACCGCCGCCACUACCGCGGCAAAGUACACGAACCUACAGAACCAAUGGGGCGUCACCGAGAACGGCAAAGCCGUCGACCUCCUCACCUCUGCUUCCGACCACGCGUACAACGCCUUCGACCUCGUUGCCGCAGGCAUGCGCUUCCAACCCCUCCCCUCAACCGACCCAACCCAACCUGUAAUCUACCAGUUAUUCUUCGACCCCACGCCCGAAGCCCUCCCGCAACAAGCAUACUUCACGCGCCUCCCGGCACGAGAGACCUUGGAGCCAUUCGACACGGGUGAUCUGUGGCUCGCACACCCAGACCCCGCGAAAGCGAAGUUCACCUUUCGAUUCAUUGGGCGGACGGAUGAUCUGAUCAGCUUCAAGGACGGGAGCAAUUUCCAUCCGACAGAUUGGGAGUUGGCGCAUGCGGAACAUCCCCUUGUAAGAUCUGCGGUGUUGGCUGGGGUUGGGCAUCGGCAGGUUUUGCUCUUGUUGGAGCUUCAUCCCGAGGCUUUGGGAACGACGGAUGGGGCGGAUGGUGUAGCGGGGCAGCGAAAUGAGGAGGAAGUGCUCGAGAAGCUAUGGCGGGAGUCGAUCUCCCGCGUCAAUGCACGGGCGCCAGGAAUGGGCGGGUGGGAAAGAGGCAUGUGUUGA